AUGCCAGUUCGCACACGAUACAGGCGAGCUGCCGCCAGCGAGAUCUGUGGAGGCUGCAGAGCCGUCGACUUCGAACCAAGCCUUCAAAACCAAGCCAUGCAGGUGGUUCACGCAGCUGGGACACUGCAGAUACGGAGACAAAUGCAACUUCCUACAUGUUUCUUUGGGUACAUCGGUAAGAUCGGGUGUGGCGUCCAGCAACAACCGCCGGAUAUGGCUGUACAGUCGGCCGCGUCGCCACUUCCACGGCCACCGCCAAAACCAGCAGCUUCAGCAGUGCAGGCUGCGGCGACGGCCUGUCCAAAGUCCUUGGUCCGGGCCGCAUGCGGCGCCGUGCGGCACCAAAACUUUGGUGAACUACGUCCGGCGUUGGAGCAACUGAAGACCUGCGGCCAGCCGCUGACCCGCUCCCAAGCGGCAGAACUUGUGGAGUGCGCGGCAGUGGAGAACAUCGUGCGGCUCCUGGAGUCCCCCGGUCAAUGUUUGGGCGAUUGGACGCUAUUGCGUUGGCAGCCGGCUGCCACCGAUAACGUGGUGUACAAUAGCCUAUUGCAUGAAGUCGUGCUGCGGACGUACUCUUGUACUGAGGAGUCGGAGGACAGCGACGAGGCGCAGGAGAUGCUGGAGCGCGGGCUUGCGGUUGUUCGGCUCAUCUGCGAACGCCGGCCAGCUGCGGUUGUGGACUUUCAAAGCCGUUUGGCAGGCGUUACCCCGGUGGAGGCGCUGCUGGACAAGGGCAACACCGAGAUGGACGAGUGGUUAGAGGAGCUGCUGAAAGCUGUGGCACCGCUGAAUUGGGUGCUCACCAAGCCGGGGUGGGCAGGCCAGCGGAGGGCGCUGGCCAUCUGCGACCAGCUGGUAGCACAGCCGGCAGUUGCGGAGGCUCUUGGAAUCGACCCGGAGGGCUGGGUGAUUCGGGGGUCACUACUGCAGGCAAUGUUGGACGAGCACCUGAAUGACCCCGUCAGCCUCGUCAUGAUGGAAAAUCCUGAACGCAUGCCACGGCCUGCCGCCUCACGUUUCAUCGUUCUUCCUAGAGCGGAUGUCUUGCACGACAAGGCGCCGGUGCCGGUGACGGCCGCGGCAGCAAAAGCAGCGUCGACAGUCUCUCCUAAAGGAAACAGCCAUAUAAAACCCGCUCCAGUGGCCCCAGGUGCAGCGGCAGCAGCGACAGCGCCUCCUCCUCCCCCAGGUCGGACAGGAGCCCCACACGCCGUGACAUCAGGUUCAAGAGCUCGUGCUGCACCGGAACCGUUGCAGACGACUGGACCGGUUACCCCACAACUGGCCCAGUUGCCCCCAAGCAGUGGCAUGAUGAUCUUUAAGGGGAUCUUCAGCAACGAAGCGGCCCAGGGCAAGGCCCGUGCUCCGCCGGCUGCGGUACCAGCGGCACCGGCCAUGCGGGCGGCCGCCGCUGCCGCUCCGACCCACGUAUCGCGGACCCCACACCUACAACAGCUUCAGAACUCCAUUAUGACGGUUCGCAAUGCCCUGGGCCACCUAGACGCCGCUGUCAUGCUGCGCGGUGACAUAGCGGCGAUUGAGCGGGCUGUACAGCACCUCCGAACGGCGACAGCGAAGGAGGCGAUGACACCGAAGGCGCUCAUGGACCACUUGGCCAAGGAAUGGCGACAGGGGGAUGCUAAAUCCAAGGGUUCUGAUAAGGCGGCGGCACUGGUGAUGCUGCUAAAAUCGGCAGCGGGGUCCCAAUGCGACGCAGAGGUGCAGCUGCUGGGAGCGGUGGUGUCGACGCUGCGGAAAUGUGCAUGGCACGCGGCGACGGAGCUUCACAACCUGGACAUGUUGGCCAUGUUGGCUACAGUGGAGCUGAGCCCCGUCAUCCUGGCUCUGAAGGGGAACGCGCCGCGGCAGCUGGUCAUCCAGCUGGCUGCGUCCUGCGUGAAGUUCAGGAAGGAUCGAACAGAGGCCGACGACGAGGCCACGGCACUGGGCUGGGCGAUGCGGCAGGGCCGUAUGGAUUUGCUGAGGGAGCUGCUACCUCUCAUCGACCCCCGCCUGCCAGCCGAAGGCGACAUGCCGCCGCUCCACCACGCUGCUGAGAUAGGCGACGACACGGCUGCGGCUGUGCUGCUGGACCCAUGCGGGAAAUGGUGGAUGGCACAUGGCCUGACGGUGCAGGAGCUCCUGGCGCAGCCUCACGAGGGACAGACACCGCUGUACAGGGCGGUCGCGGGGCGACAUGUGGGCCUUGUGCGGCAGCUGGUGGCAGCCGGCGCGGCACCUCUGGAGCCUGUCUCUGCCGAUGGCUACAAGGACACACCCGUGCACCUGGCCGUCUAUAUGAAGCAAGUGGACAUACUGAGGCUGCUGCUGGAGAAUUGCAAGGUUGCGACACGCCCUGAUUGCUUUGGUAGUGCGGCGGUUGACGAGUCUCAGGCGCAGCUGAACCGCGCGGUGGAUGGGGAACGGCAGACGGCGCUAAUGCUGGCACAGCGGGAGCGGCACAUCGAGUGUGUGGGGUUGCUGCUGGAGGCAGGGGCCAACCCGACGCUGCUGCGGGACACAGCCUCCGGGGGUGGAGGCGGCAAGGGCGGAAAGAAGGGUGGCAUGGGUGGCGGCGGUGCCGGCGGCAGCCGGCUGAUGAUGCAGAAUGCGCGGCUGAGGGGUUUGCUGGCAGCCAAAGGCGGCGUCGUGGAUGGUACCGAGGGGGCCAGUGGCAAGGUGGGAGCGGCAGGAGGAGCUGAUGGUACGGUGAUGCCGGCACCUGCAUCAUCGUCUUCCUCCUCGUCAACUUUCCCUGAAUCGGUGCUGUCGCGGGCGUUGGAGGACGGCGUCGAGGACGUGCUGCGCGUCAUCCUGGAAUGCUGGCGGCCGUGCUUUAAUGGCUCCGCGCUUAAGCCCGAGUUGGGGCCGGCCGCCUGCAACCGAGUGCGUGCUUGGCUGAAGGAACAUGCUCGCGUGACGCUGUGGCCCACAGUGAAGGCCUUGACGGACCUAGCGGAUGCCUCCCCCAGCGGUGUCGCCUCCCCUUCCUGGCUAUCCGCACCCCUGCUAGAGCUGUUACUAGAGCUGUGCAACGAGGCCAGCGGCCGGGAUUGGCGCGCUUGCGACGGCGCGUCGUGGCAGGGUCCCGAUGGCACGGGCCCGCUGCCGCGGCUGGUGGUGUGGGGCGUAAUGUCGGGUGCGGUGGUGGGCACAGCACCCCCACCAGGGCCGGUGCCCACUUUCGUGACGCCGGCACUGCUGAAGGAGCUGCUGCGCCACGGCGUGGCGUCGUUGACGGAGCGUGUGCCGGCGGGGGCCACCAGGCCGCGACAACUGCAGGAAGGGAGCAGCCUACUGCAUCUCGUGUGCUUCACCGGUGACGUGGCGAUGCUCGAGGUGCUGCUGGCGGCAGGGGCAGAUAUCGGCUGUAUGGACGACCUCGGCAACACGCCCAUUCACGUCGCCGCCGCCUGCCCGCACCGUGAGGAAGUCGCUGAGCAGCUAUUGCGAGCCCUUAGCGCUGGCACGGCACAGACCAAGGAAGGGCAAGGACCGCGGCACGAACAGCAGCAGCAGGGCAAGGAACAUGCGCUGGCCAUGGACCUGGCGACUGCUGAGGCGGCGGUGGCUGCAGGGGAAGCCCGGCUGCAGGCGCUGACGGGCCGCAACAAGAACGGGUUGCGGCCGCAGGACAUGGCCACCAGCCGCAAGGUCAAAAAGCUGCUACAGCAACUACAGGAGACGGCCGGGGGGGCCCUCCAAAGUGCCCUGAAAGCCCUCCAAGAACGGCAAGGCCCGCGGGACGCCACCAGCGACGCAGCAAAGGAGGUGGUCAGCAAGGCUGCCACCAAGAAAGGCAAUGCUGACGACAAUAAGCGCCGGAAAGGUGAUGGAGGCGGCUCUAAAGGUGUCAGCAAAUCCGGCAUUGCCGCGACUGGCGUCGGUGAUGGCCCACGGGUCAUUCGCAGCGCUGCGGACCUGGCGGAUGACGAAGCCCUCCGCAGUGCGGCUCUGGCACAGUUGGUGGCUGUUCCGGAGCCGCUUGUGCUUCCCCUGGCGUCAAAGCUGGUCAAGCUGCUGCCUGCCAAUCUUGCGCGCGGUGGACCCCAUGCCGGCGCCGGUAGCGACGGUGGCGCAGCUGCCGCUGCCGACACGGACGCCGCGAAUGCGGCGACGAACCGGGAGCUGCAGCGCAUUGUGGCGGAGAUGCGGGUAAACUGCGGCGAGGAGGACGGCGACGAGGGGGUUGAAGGAGAUGACGCAGCCGCGUACAGCGACGAUGAUGCUCCGCCGCCGGGCGAGGCUCUGGUAGACGACGAGGUACUGUUACAGCUGCCCGCAAGAGGGGCGUCGGGACUCUCAGUGGCGACGGCGACGGCGACGGCAAGUACUGAGGCGAGCACCACCAGCGCACCUGCUACGGCCGCUUCGGCGGUCGACGGGGAGUCGGGGGAGCAUCCGCUUCGGGGUCUGGCUUGGCGCUUCGUGAUUACACGACAGGCCUACGAGGCGUGGGGGCGGCUGCCGGACGUGUGGAGGCGCCUGGUGAUGUCCCGCCUGCGCGUUAUCGGCAGCGGCUACUGGGCACGAUGCCGGGGUGCUAAGAAGAUCACGGCGGAUGAUCCGACCCUGGCGCAGCAGGAGCUAUGGCGCCUGAAGGUUACGAAGGGCGGGCGUAUCCUGUUUGAGGUCGCGGUGGAGUACGACGAGGAAAGCCGUACAUGGGCGGAGAUGAUCCGGCUGUGGUUUAUCACGUUGAGCCAUAAGGCCUAUGAGGACAUGAUCGGCCUUGUCCAAGCGUCAUUCCGUCGUACACUCGCCAUGCGUGAACGGCUGCGGUUGCAGCCCAUCCCGCAACACGAGGCGCCAAUGCCGUCACCACUCCCUGGAGGCCGCACUGCUACUGCUUCUGCGGCCGCUGCGGCUGGUCGUACCGCACAGCGGCUCCCGCGGCAUUACCGCGAGGCCGGGAAGACCACGGACGGUGAAGCCGCCGCAGCCAACAGCGGCGGCGGAAAGACCCGUGGGUCGAGGAAGACGCAACAGCAGAUGCCUCCUGCGGGCGACCUGCGAGAGCACUUUCCCCCAGCCAGCUGGGCUGUGGAUACGUACACACUAAUGAAGUUCUAUAACCUGGACAGUUUUCUGGUGGCCGCCGUUCUGCAGGGGCUUGAAACAGCCAAGGUGGACUUCCCUUUCAAGCUCUCCCCCGAGGAGUAUGACCUCAUCACGCUGGCACCCAACCCACCCUCCUCCAUCAUCCUGCUCGGCCGCUCCGGAACCGGCAAGACCACCUGCGCUGUGUACCGCCUCUGGGCCAACUGGCUGCGGCACUACACAAACCCCGGCCUCGAUCCUGUGCAUGCCGUCUUCGUAACGGCGUCCGCGACGCUGCGUGAGCGCGUUGCCUUGGCUUUCCGCCGACUGCAGAGCGCCGUCAUGGCCCCAGCUGAGUUUGCGCGAGUGGUGGCGGUUGCGAACGCAACAUACCACACCUUCCACGAUGUGCCUUCGGAUGCAUUUCCGCUGUUUCUGUCCAGCCGGGCUUUCCUGCGCAUUUUGGACGGAAGUACGGGGCGGCCUUUCUUCCCGCGCCAGCCAAACGGCGCUAUCCUGCAGUUGCCUGACGACGGCGAGGAGCUGGACCCUGAUGGUGCAGCGCUGGUGGUGGCGCUGGAUGAAGAUGUCAGCGAUGACGAGGAUGAGGUGGAGACGGAGACUGCCGCCGGCAACCAGGGUGCCGGCGAUGGUGGCGCGGCGGGUCCUGAUUCCGCCAGCGGCAAUGCCGAAGACACGGCCGCUGGUGGCGUAGUGGCUUUGGAGGAAGAGAUGGAGGCGGCUGCCGCUGCCGCGGCAGCUGUGGCAGCUCGAGCGGCGGCGCUGGCGGACCUUGAAGCUGGUGGCGGGGAUGGACAUGCGGCAUCGGACAGCUACGGGCUGGGAGUGGCGGGGCGGGCUCGGCUGAACCGCGAGGUUACAUACCAGUACUUCGUCAACAGCAUGUGGAAGAAAAUUACCACACCCGACCAGCGUGACAGCGUGGCUCCCGGUCUGGUGUACCAGGAGAUCUUGAGCUACCUGAAGGGCAGUGCGGAAGCUAUUGCAAGUCCUGCGGGCCAUCUGAGCCUGCCGGCCUACCUGGCGCUUGGUCGCAAGCGCGCCCCCAACUUCAGCGAGGAGAUUCGCAAGGAUUUGGUGUGGCCGAUUUUCGAAAAGUACGAGCGACUGAAGCGGCAUGAGUGGCGGUACGAUCUGCUGGAUCUUGUGGGGCAUGUGUACCGUGAGAUGUCGGUUAGUGGUUACACCGGCACGCCCAUCCAUGCGCUGUACCGCGACGAGGUCCAGGACUUUACCCAAGGCGAGCUGCUUCUGGACCUGGCGGUGGCUGCCGACCCCAACACCCUGUUCUAUUGUGGCGACACAGCGCAGACCAUCGCCCGCGGCAUCGGGUUCAGAUUCACCGACAUCUGCACGCUCUUCUACGAGGAGAAUCAGCGCAGGCAGCAGCAGCAGCUGCAGCAGCAGAUGGCGGCGGCGGCAGCGGCGGCGGCGGCAGCAGAGGACGCGAGCGGAGAGGGUCGUCGCAAGGGUGCACUGAUGGCCCGGCGGGGUCAUGGGGUGACGGUGGCAACACCGCCAAUUCAUCAGCUCACGAUGAACUACCGUACCCAUCAAGGCGUGUUGGACGUGGCGGCACUGGUGGUGGACGUACUGCGGCGCUACUUCCCCCGACAGCUGGAUCGGCUGGAGCGUGAGCGGGCGCUCUUCCCGGGACCGCACCCGCUGCUGCUGGGGGGCAUCUCGUCAGACGACCUGGCCAUCCUGCUCAGCGGCUCGGACAGGAACACGUCGCAGGUGGAGUUCGGGGCCCACCAGGUGAUCCUGGUCCGUACCAUGGCCUCAGUGGCCCAGCUGCCGCAGGACAUACAAGACUCCAAUGCCAUUAUCAUGACAGUGCCGCAAGCAAAGGGGCUGGAGUUUGAUGACGUGUUCAUCGUUGACUUCUUCAACGACAGCGACGCCAACUCCGAAUGGCGGGUGCUGAGUUCCUAUCUGGCGGAGCUGGCAGGGACGGGCGGUGUGGGGGCAGGGGAUGGAUACCAGUACGACAUGCAGCAGGCGAACGCCGGCGCCGUGCGGCCACUGGCGUUUGACGAGCGGUCGCACGUCCUGCUGGCGGAGGAGCUCAAGCACUUGUACACCGCCCUGACGCGCGCCAAGAAUAACGUGGUCAUCUUCGACCGCAACCCUACCAAACGGGCGCCUUUCUACCAUUUGCUGCAGAGCCUAGGCAUCGCGCGCACCGUGCAUAGGUCGCUUUUGGAGGAUGGGCGAGAUGCCGUACGGUACGGCCUUACUCAGCAGGCCACUAGCAGCCGCGCCGAAUGGGCUAAGCGGGCUCGCAACCUUUUGGACAACCGUAACUACCUCAUGGCGAAGAAGGCAUUCGUGCAGGCGGCAGACAUGGUCCGCACCGAGGUGGCGGAGGCGUACCUGAAGCGCCGGCGCGCCGCAGAUGAGGAGUCCCCUACUGAGCAGCGGCGGCUGCUGGCGGGAGCGGCGCUGCAGCUGCUGGCGGCAGCGAGCCGACGGGAGCAGUCUCCCGACCCGGUGACUGCUGGGGAGCUGCGGCGCUGGCUGGGCCUGGCAGGGAGGUGUCUGCAGGCCUGCGGCUUGGCUGGGCCGGCUGCCGAACUGGCGUUCAAGGCUGGCAACCAUACUGCCGCCUUACGUGUGCUACUUGCGGGCAAGGAACACGCAGCCGCUGCGGAGUGCUGCCUCGACGCUGCUGCCGAGGCGCUGCGCCAGCACGCCGUGUACCAGCGGCAGCACCUGGCAGAGGGCGGCUCCGCGGCUGCUGUCGUUGCACUGCUGGAAUCACUAGUGGUGCCGCCGGCGGGGACCGCCGUAGCCGCAGCGGCAGCAGCACGCAAGCGCGCUCUUGCCUGGCUUGCAAAGGCAGUGGAGCAGGUCUACCUCGCAAAUGACUUAGAGACUCUGACUGCUCUGCUGGCUCCUGCCGGCGCUAACGCCAGCGGCGCCAAUGACAGUGAAGACGAUGAGCUCGGCAUCAAGGAUGAUGGCCGCGGUGCCGCUGCAGCCAGCACCGGCGCGCCGACGGACGUGUUUGCAAUGUUGGUUCCAGAGCUGCAUGACAUGCUGCGCCGCCGCUGGGUGAGCAGCUAUGGCCGGGCGCUGCAGCGGGUGGCGUUGCGGUGCCACGCGCGGGGUGAGCACGGCCGCGCGCGGCGGAUGGUGCGGCUGAUGCCGGUGGAGGCAGAGCGGGAUGCGCUGUUGGCACGAAUGGGUGACUGGCGGGAGCAAGCGCGGCUCAAACGACUGGCCGCAAACCAGAGAGCAGUGCGCAGGUCAAGUGACCCGCUGGGUGCCGCGCAGCUGCUGCUGGACAACGGCGAUUUCGAGCGUGCUGCACGACUGGUAUCAGAUUACAUCGCGAGCAAGGCGCCGGCCCCGCAGCAACCGCAGGCCAAACUGAACUCGGUGCCGGGAGGAGCAGGGGGCAGGAUCGUUGCGGCCCGCGGUGUUGCCGCCGUCGGCGUAGAUGCUGUUGCGACCGCGUGGGCGCCGGUGGAGGAGCGCGCGUGGGACCUCGUGUACCGCUGCAUCAUGGCUCAGACAGAUGCGGCUGGAGCGCGCAGGCUACGACGGGAACUGGACAGAUGGGCAGUGGCAGCAGCAGGGACACCGGAAGCUGCUUUGGGGUCGGCGGUAUCGUCAUCACCGUCGGCCGGCCAGGCAGGCAGAAGAGUGCUGUUAUACCGUGGCCAUGCUGUGCUCCUGGAGGCGCGCUUGCUGCUGCAGCCAUGGGUUAGCGCAGGGGGGGUUUCCGGAGCUGGGGGUGUGGGCGUUGGGACGAGGAAUCAUCCGCAACAGUCUGUGCCUGCCUCGUGGGAGCAGCUCAACGAUGAGGCAGUAGCGGCGUGGGAGGCCGCAGCGCCGUUGCUGAGGGAGGCCGCGGAUUGCUUCAGCCGCUGCGAAUUUUGGCCUGGUCACCUCGAGGCGCUGACGCUCAUGCUCAUGUUCGGACCAGAGUCGGACGCCGCGGAUGCCGCAGUCGCCACCGCUGCGGCAGCGGCAGCGAUAACGUCGGCUACUUCUGUCCCAGGCUCUGCUUCCGACUCGCCACGGCUCCGCCAGGCGGACGGCGCCGCCGCAUUUGUGCGUACCGUGCAGGCGGUGGUAGAAGCGUUCCACGCGUCGGGGCCUUGGGGGCUGACUAAGCUGCAGGGGCAGCACCUGGUGGCUCUGGAGCAGCUGUACGGGCUGCCGGGGCUGUCCCGCUGGGAUGAGCGACUGCCCGCCAAGCAGGCAACCCACGUUUGGUGGGCGGUGUUAGGACCUGACAGUGCUGCAGCGGCACGAGCUGCGGCCACUGCUGCCUCAGCAGGCAGCGCCAGCCUAGCCCCACGGCAGGCGGUGGAAGCUGUGGCUUCUGCCGCGGCCCAGCGGGCAAUCAAGGGGUUAAGCUACGCCGCUGCUGCCGCGAAGGGCGUGCAGACGACAGCCCCGCCGCCGCAGGUGGCGGCGGCAGCUGCCGCAGUACCGCCGUUGGCGACAACACGACAGCUGCUGACACAUCAGCUCGGCAUUGCAGCGCGGCAGGCUGUGCCACCUGACGCCGCCGGCACCAUGCAACGGUCAGCUGUGGUGGCGGAGCUCGUGCGUGAUCUUGCCGUCAAAGCCGCAUGCGUAUCAUUCCAGGCUCUACGCAGCGCCAUCGACACGUACCUCGCGAUUCCUUCCGAGACGACGUUGCCGCCAGCCACGAGUAAAAUGGUUCUGGCGGCACUGCGGCCGGUUGUGCGGAGCAUACGUGUGUCUCGGGCAGCAUUGGCGUUACUCAAUGCCGCGGAAGCUGACUUUGGCCUCUAUCCGGUGACAACUUACCAGGAGGACCUGCUGCAGCCGCCGCUGUUCUACGGGGGCCCGAGCCCUCCACCCCACGGGGAGCUUCUGAAACUACUGUUAUCGGAAAGCCUCCAGAAAAUGGAUUUGCACGAAUGGAUUAAGGAGGCUAUCGUGUUCUCGGAUGCGCUGAAUGGCCGGCUUGCUUUGGCGCCAACGGUGUCGUAUACGGCCUGGCGUACAACGAUGCUCGUACUAAUGCAUGACGAGCUAGCGGGCAGGGUCUUCAAGUUACGCCGUGCCAGGCUGCCGCCAGACGUACCAGCCUCACGCAUGAUACGAGACCGUGAGAAUACGGCCCUGCCGGAGUACGUAUUGCAUCAGGCCUUCCUCCAUUUCUCCACAAAUCUUCCCCAUAAAGCUAUUGGCGACCUGUUGUACUACCUGGCCUGGUGCUGCCGCCGGGAUGGGCUGCUGGUGUUAUCUUGGGCCGCGUCUUCAACUGCAGCCGCCGCGGGGGCGGUUGCGGCCACCGGAGGCGCAGCUGUUCCGGCAUCUGCGGGAUUGCUGACCAUCAAUGCAGCCCAAGGCAGCAGCGGGGCACCCUCAGCGCCAGUGAGCUCAGCUGCUGGCGGCUCAGCUCGCGGUCGCUGUCUUGCUUUGGAGGCGUAUGUGGAGCUGACAGAGUUGGCGGUGGGUCAACUGCUGUUGGCAGCCUGCGACAACGCGUUCUUGUCCGGCAACAUUGCCGGCAAGCUAGCGGGAUUGCCGAAGCACAGGGAUCACAGGCUGUCAGAGCUGGCGUUGCGUUGGCUGUGGGCCCUGGGGUUCAGACCACCGACGCGUCCGUCGGUUGCACCAGGACUGCAGCGCGGUCUUGGGAACACAACUCAGGAAUACUUUCGGUAUGCGAAGGUGGCUCAGGAGGCGCUGGGAAAGCAGCUGUUGCUGUGCGCGCGGCUGGUGAUGGUAUUGGCGGGCCACCUGGGGCGGCUGUUGGUUGUGGCUGAGCAGGGAGAGGGGCAGGGCACUGGCGGCGGUGGUUUCGGUGCAGGAGGCACCGCUAAUGCCGUCGUAAUGGAGGAGCUCCUGCCGCUUCUGGAAGCACCGAGCAUUGCGGCAGCGCUGGAGCUGAUGGGGAUCAAGGGUAAUCAUGGAGGUGAACAUUGUGCCAGCGUUGCCAUCCCAUCGCCGGUCGGGGCCACGCCAUCCGCCCGGGGCCCGCGCCUUAUUGCGCUUGCUAGACGGAUUUUGCUUGCUGCCGGUAGCGCCUGGCUUUCCCUGGAGGUCCAGAAGCGUAUGCCGCAGCAGCAGCUACCCCAGCAGCAGCAUAGCGCUGCCGCUGUCGCUGCCGAGCUGCAGGAUGCGGCCGCCACCCGUGGUCGCUGGCCCACUGACGUGGUGCCGCUGUUCCGCGAGGCUGUCGGCUUGCUGGCCGAGCCUCUAGUCGGCGCUGCCGCCAUCCGUGUACUUUGCAGCGACCUGACAUUGUCGGGACUGGCAGAUCAGUUGCGGCAGCUAGCAGCCGCUUGGAAUGGGCACUAUUACGGCAGUAUGCUGCUGGUGGAUGCGCGUGCGGACAGAGAGUUCGAGGGCUUUGGCCCGCAGCACCAGGCCAAACAGUUCAAGGGUCUACAGGGCCCACUUGCAGCAUUGUAUACCGUAGUGCAAGCUAGAGUACAAGGCCCGAGCGCAAUGCAGCAGGAGCGGGCUGUGCUGACAGGCGCAAAGCAGGCCCCAGCCCAGGCGGCUGAUGUUCCAGUCAUUGCAGGCCUGCUGCGCAGCGCCGCUGAAGCAGUGGGUGUAGUCGCAUCCAAAGACUAUCGGUCCACGCGCGACGAGCUGACGAAACAGAGUGCCGCCGCCGCAAUAAUCCAACGGUCCUGGCGACAGUGGCGGCGGCGCCGGGAGGAGGCGGCGGCGGCUGCGCAGCAGCGGCAGCGAGAGGAAGCGGCGCUCAGGCAGCUCCGAGAGGGCAUGUCGUUCGGACUCAGGAUUGCACUGCGAGUUUACUUAUCUCGACUCCGCCGAAGCAUAGAAAAACGCAAGCAGCAGGAGGCGCAGGGUAACGGGCAAGAUGGCCAGUGGGACGAGUUUGGCUUCGCGGCUGUGGAAGCGUCCGUGCAGGAAGGCGAGAAGCGGCGAUUUAUCGACGAGUCCUCGUGCCCAGUCUGCCAGCCCAAGAGCAUCCCCCAGGAGCAGCAGCAGCAGCAGCUAUGGAAGGAGGAGCAGGAGCAGCAAUCGCAGCAGCAGUCCUUGGCAGUGGAGGAUAGAGCGGCGUGCGGUUCAUCCGGGUCAAAGCUGAACUUGAGCUUAACCGCAGCUGUUGCAGAAUUUUUGCCCCACAAGAGCCGAACCGAGCACCAGACGGCUCUACAUUUUUUCAGGCUGUGCCAUGCGAAAUACCGUGAGACGGUAUCCGGCUUGGUUCGGCACGCACAAAGCCUGCUAAAAUAUAUGGAGCAAGUACAGGGACAGCUCAAGGCUGAUCCCGAGGGGUCCAACUUCCUGGUUAUCGUCAUGGAGUCGUCCAUGCAGCUCGAUACUGCCCUGAAGGAACUUUGCGACCAGCUGCACAAAAUUGUGGCGGAGCGGCUGUGGAUGACCAGCCCCCAACUGUUGGGACCCAAGUGGUACGCAUGCAUGAAUGCGUGUGACAUAGCGGCGAGUCAACUGAAUCUAUACACAACUGCGUACCGACGGGAGGUGGUGCAGCAGUUUGCUCAAGGUGAUGCGCAGCAACAGGAAGUGGCGAGGCAGGAGACACACGGAACAUUUGCAGCGUCGCAGGGGCCUGCACAUCAGCAAGCAAAAGAGGCCGACGUGGCUCCGCAUGUGGGAGCCUGGCAGGAGGCCGGGCCGCGGCAGGGUCAGCAAGCUGGUUGUACUAGCAAUGUUGGCAUGGAGGCGGAGCAUCAGUACACCCGGAGCCAUCAUGGACAUCAGCUGCAGUACCAGCAGCCGGCACCGCCGGUGCCGCAUGAACUGCUGAACAGGCUGAAAUUCCAGGAGGGCAGCAAUGUAUGGCAGGGCGAUGAGACGCAGCAGCAGCUUGCAGCACCACAUCGGUACCCUCAUAAGGAGCCGUCCGUGGCGCCAAGUUAUCAGUCACAGCUACACGGUCAGGUUAUCACUGCACAUAUGCGGCAGCAGCAGGAGUACCCUAUGAUGCAGCCGCAGCCUUUGCAGCCACAGCUGCAUCAUGCACUGCAACAGCAACUGCAACAGCAAUUGCAGUCUUACCAGGUCGUGCAGCAGCAACAACAGCGACAGCAGCUACAACAAGGCCAGCCAUACGGGAGCUCGCUCAACGCGUGGGCCGCGGGCCCGCCUGCCCCCGCGGCCCCGCAAUUUUCGCAGAGGAUGCCGCCACAGCAGCAACGAAUGGCUGCAGGGGCGGGUGCAUGGGGUGUCCGGCAGAUGCCCGGGGUAUCUGUCUGGGGGGGUAUUGCAGGGGCCAGGCCUCAACUGCCCAAUGUGCAAGCGCACGGCGCUGCACAACAGGCAUAUGCAGCUAGGGGACCAGCAGCCGCGGCACCAGCGCCGACAUGGGCGUCGAUGUCUUCCACUCCAAUGCUGCAGCUUAUGGCACAGCAAAAUCAACAGCAGCAUCACAUGCUGCAGGCGCCAUAUGCGUUCGUCGCCGCCUCUACGGCCCCGUGCCGCAAUGCUGACCUGUCGCCUGGUCUUAUUCCGGGUGGCGGCGGUUCUGCUGCCGCUGCGACAGGAGCCAUGCCGUACAUGCACAUCAUGGGCGGCGGUGGCGCUGCUGCUGCCGCUACUGCCGCCGGCAGUGGGCUGCGCACUGACGAUGAGCUGCUCUUCCCAGAUGAAUCAGCAACAAGCUUUGGUAGUUUGCCAGUACCGAAGCUGGCGAGAUAUGCCUGGAUGCCGACAAAUGACAAAGUCAACAACGAGAACUUCCACAAAAUGUUGGAGGAGUACCGGGCGACGAAGAAGCGGGAGCGCGAGCUGGAACUGAAAAUUAAGCAGUUGGGGGCUCAGCUCGCUCGUACGGAGGAGGCGGCCAAACGGGCGCUGGUGCAGACCGACGCAUCUGCGAAGGGUGGUGCGGCGCAGAAGCUGCUGGACGCGGAACGGGCGAUCGCCAAGCUGCGCGCGGAGAACGCGGAGCUAGCAAGCAAGCUUGCCAGGGAGAAGAAGAAAUCAGCGGAGUUCAAGACCCUGGCGGAUACGUACAAGCAGCGCCUGGACCGCUUUCUGCGUGACCAGCGCAACCUUGUCAAGCGUGUGGGCGAGCUGGAACGCAGCCAGGCGGUUUCUAGGAAGCGGCCGGAAGAUGAUUACUGGGGUGAGGAAGCGGGGCGGCGUUUCGUGGCGCAGCAGGAAGAGCUGGUGGCCCUCAAGGAGGAGAACGCGGCGCUUAAACGGCUCAUGGAGUCCGAUGGCCCGCUGGCGCAGUGCAAAGCGUAUGAAGGCCAAAUUAACGAGCUGCAGAAUCUGAUCAGAUUCUACGAGCGGAAGCUUACCAGCUUGGCGGAGGCUGGGUUGAUUGGGCCAGAGGCGCUUGGCGGUCCCGACAACCAGCCCGGCCCGGAUGACUGGGUGCUUGAGGAGUUUUGGCACAAUGAUGAGAUGCAUCUGCUGGACCGCAAGAACGGCAAGCUCUUCACUGUGCCCGGAGAUAACAACUGGCCCAAGCCGAUAGGGAUACGCAUCAACAAGGAUAUCAAGAUGGGCGUCCACAACGGCAUGGAGCGCUUCCUGGGGACGCUGGACGCCUUCCUGACCAACAAUGCCGCCCGUUUGCAGGAAGUUUUUACGCAGUUUGACCUGGACAACAGUGGUCAGCUGGAUCGCCGCGAGCUAGCAAGGCUCCUGCAGACGCUUAUGCCUGACCUAAGCAUGAGCCAAGUGGCCGAACUAAGAACGAUGCUGGACGUGGACGGCGACGGACUCAUUACGCUGGAGGAAAUGCUGGAGUGCAUUAAGGAAGCGUAUGCGGCCCGUACCGCUGCUAAGCUGGGCAAGAGCGUCGAGGUAAAUGACGCGCUGGACCGCAUCCGGGAUACACUUCGGGAGAACAAACAGGCUAUCAAGGAAUCCUUUGAUGAGCUUGAUACGGACAAGGAUGGCUGCCUGACCCACAUGGAGGUUGUGCGCCUUGUGCGCCGCUUCCUAAAAGAUAUGUACCAGAAGGAGGUGCGCUACUUGCUGGCCAGGCUCCAGCAGUGGGACGUUGUAGGCGACAGCCGUGUCACGUUCGACGAGUUGUACCAGGCGAUGGAGCUGGUCCGGAUCUUCCGCGUCGGGCCGGGGUUGGGGGGCGUUAUUCGGACCUCCUCACCCCUCAGGUCACCGCCGCGGACGGUGUCCCCAACCAAGCCACGCGGUGGGACCAUUGCAUCAGCGCACGGCCUGAGGCCCAGCUUGCGCUCCACGGGAGGCGGUGCUGGCAUGAAGGAGACGUGGAUGCGCGAGAGGAUGACGCAGCUCGAGACUGAGCUGCGCGAUGCUAACAGGCGCAACGCGGAGCUUGAAGACGGUAACAAGAAGCUUGACGAGCUGCAGCGUGACGUGGCGCUAUACAAGGCCCGCAUCGAGGAGCUAGAACGCGACUUCAUGCGGAUUGAUGUGCUCGGCAACCUGGAGGGGGCUGCCGGCGACGAACAGCUGCAGAAGGCCUGGGAGAUUGCGUCUACGUUUAAGAAGAGGUUUAUGGAGCACAAGGGCGAGCUGGACAACAUCCGUCUUAUGUACGCGCGCAUGCAGGCGCAGCUGGACGAGACGCACAAGCUGCUCCACGAAGAACACCGCAAGCGUUUUAAGUUGGAGGACGAGAUUACCCGGCUGAACGUGGAGCUCAUGCGGCUGGGGGACCUCGAGGCGCGACUGGCACACGAGAAGGGCGAGCGGGUCAAGCUGGAGCGGGAGUACCUCGCACUGCAGCAAAAGGCUCUUAACGCACCGGGCGAGGCGCUGGCGGAAGUGCGAGCUCUUCGUGAGGAGCUGUUUGCGGUGAAGCGCGAGAAGGCCACGGCGCAGCAGAAGGAGGCGGAGGUCCGCCUGGAGCUAAGCCACGUGCGGGCGCUGCUGGACGGCAUGAACCUGGAGUCCUAUCGCACCAUGCAGGGAGAAAGCGAUACGCUCAAGAAACGGAUUGCGUCUCUAACGCUGGAGCUGCAGGCUGCGAGGGACAAGCUAGCGGUGUAUAUGCGGACAGCCCUGCCCAACAGCGCAAAUGCGGAUUUGCUCCUGGAGGACGACGACCUCCUAUUCGGUAGCGACAAGCGGCCCGACUCGGACAAGACGCCGGAGGAACUGCGACGCGAGCUGAUGCAGCUGCGGGACGUGCUGGAAACCGAGUCCGCGAUAACCAUGGAGGCCAAAGCGGCGUUGGAGGAGGCUCACCGAGAGCUCGAGCGCGUCAAGCGGGAGCUGCAGGCGGACCUUAAGAAGCUUGAGCGUGAGAUCGAGCGACGGGACGAGAAAAUCCGCAAACUGGAGCUGCAACUGCGUGGCGCCUACAGUGGUAUCAACCGUGCACUGCGGUCCAGCCGACGUGGCGGGGUCGGCACGGGCGAGUUGCGCGACUCGCUGCGCUCCGACACAGAUGAUUUCAGCGAGAUCGGCGAGGACCAGAACAUCUUUGAACUGCACAUCACCGAGGCGCAAGUAAAUGAGGAGGCUCUCGGCAAGGACCCCUCCGUGUUCUUCACCUUCGACUUCUUCAUGCAUGAGACGCAAGCCACGCCCAUCAUGGCCUCCAACAGUCCCUCCUUUAAUACCAUCAUCCAGUACGUUGUUGACAACGAUCCCUUCCUGCUCGAGUACAUGGACACGCACGUCCUGGUGUUGGAUCUGUGCCGCGCGCGCGGGUAUGACUACGACGUUCUGGGCAUGGCACGGCUGCCGCUGCGGCAGGUGCUGGAGGACCUGGAGAUCGGCGCAGCCUUGGGGUACAACCGUGCCUACCACUACGCGGACGUCUUCGGCGCCGAUGGCAAGCGGCUCGGCCGCGUGCGCUAUGGCUAUUGCUUCCGUCGCCCGCUGGAUUCGUUGCUCAAGGAGUACCGGGUGCAGGCCCGCACCAAGCGGCCUUCCGACCCCGAUGAGCGCGACCCGGCCACGCAGGCAGUGCAGCUGGCACUCUCUCAGCCCGGCAACAACUCGUGCAUAAAGGUCAUCAUUGAGCGCUGCGAGCAGCUUGUGCCGGCGGGGGGAACGGCGCUCACGAUCAAGCCCUACGUCCAUUAUAGGUUCCCAGGGACCCGCGACUACCACGACACUCGCAUCCUGGCAGGCACCAGCCCUGUCUUCAACGACGAGGCCGUGUGGCCCAUCACUCGCACUCCCGAGUUGGAGGCCGAUUUGCUUAGGCGCCACUUGUCCGUGGUGGUCUUCGAUGAUGCGCAGGGCGAUGAUCCGCUGCGGGCCAUCGUCGGUGUGGCGUCCAUUCCCAUGGCCAGCCUGGCGAGUGGCAUCCCUGUGGAGGGCGCCUUCAAGCUGACCAACCCCGUCAACCGCAAGCCUGCUGGGCGCAUGGUUUUAGGCUUGGGCUGGCACAAUCCGCUACAACUGCCCGGGGCGACCCCCAGAGUCCCACCGCCACGGGUUCCCAUCAGCAGCGAGGUCCAGGAUGGCGAAUCGGCGCACGAUUUUGGACUGCCGCACGACGCGAAGGAAUUGUUGCCAGUGUCUGGCGGGUUGCCUCCGGGCGGAUUCGGUGGCCGCAUGGGCGUCAGAGUGGCAAACCCCGGGUCUGGCCUCCUUCCAGGUCACCAGCCGCCAUCAGUGCUGCCGCGGCAGUACGAAAACCGUAGCCUCGCUGCUGAGCUCGGCUCUACCGGAUCUAGAGCUGUAUCGAGCCAGGGAUACGGCCUGGCCGCCGAGCAACACUUACAGCCGCAACAGCGGUCAGGUUAUGGCAAUAGCGCACAGUCGCCCCUAAGGCCACAGCCACAGCGCGGGGCGGACUUCAGUGGCUUUGGCCUUGCAGUGGAGACUGCUUCGCAGCAUCAGCAGCAGCUGAAUCAACAACCGCCGACGCCAUACCUGGGGGCUCCGCCCCACGAUCAGGAGUUCGGUUUGGAUGCAGACACGCGGUCUACUGGUUACUCACAACACCAGCAGCCCCGGGGACUCCAGCCGUCGCCGUACAGGCAGCAAUCUCCGUACAGACAGGGCUCGGGGGGACCGCCAUCCUCGGGCUUCACUAGCCGGACCCCGUCCGAAUACGGUUUGGGCGCCGAGAUGACGGCAGCUCCUUCCGCGGCACCGCAGCCAGCAGGGCAUUCAGGGCUUCCACGAACAGGCAGUUGGGGCCGGCCACCGCUGCCUGUGGGGUCGCCACCUCCGCCGGCCGGUCGCCCGGGCAGCCUGACGGGUGGUCGGCGGGGCCAGAGCGAGGAAACGUUCGGUCUUGAUGCAGAGGCUGGGUCCCAGCGCGAGGUUCCAAUCCCGGGAGCAUGGUCACAGCUGUCCCGACAGCAACCGGUGGACGAGGGCUUCGGUCUGGGUGCCGAGCUGGAGGAUGCCGGGACAUCCGGCUCACCCCCGCAUGGCAUGAUCCUGUCGGGACGCGGCAGUGGCAGCGGCAACAACGGGCAGCGCCGUUACGCCGAUACCCAGGUGUCGCUGGAGUCGUCUGCCGCGCCUUACACCCAGCUGCAGCAGCCGAACGCGGGGCCGCUGUCGCAGGACGCUCUGCUGGGGCCUGUGCUGCGGCGGGAGCUGCCCGACCCAGCUGCAUGGAGCGAGCUCGACCACCGCUUGGUGCUGUGCCUGCACGCCCUGGAGCUCACGCCGCAGGCCCUGCGAAAUCCGCGACUGCGCAAUGUGGUGCUCAUGCACUCUCUACUCAGUGAACAGGAGGGUAUUAGCGAGCUCGACACCUGCACACAGCCGGUGGCCAAGGGGCCGGGGCAGUUGCAGAUCGGCUAUUGCGUCUCGUAUAAUGUGCUGGCUGGUGCCGCCCCGUCAGAGCUGCUUGACGCCCUGGCCGGCGGCGAUGAUUUCAUGUUAGAGGUUAAGCUCAUGAGCACAGCCGCCUCACGUCUGGACAUGAACAGCAUCGCGCAGCCGGGCACAUUGCAGACCCUGGGUUCUUGCAUGCUGCCGCUUGCCGACAUCUGGUCUGGUCGACGGGGCGACUUGAUGCAGGAACGUGUGGAAAUACUAGACGAUAGCGACGACACUACACAGGUGGCCGUGCUGACGGUUUCCCUGGUGGCGGAGGCAGCGCUGCACACAUUGCGGCAGCGACAGCACUGA